AUUUAAUACUUCAUUUGACUUCUUGGUUUUAAUCCUUCUUACCAUAUUGAACACAAAAAUUCAAUAAUAUUAGUGCAAAACAACCAACUAGAUAUUUUGAGGUGAAUUUCGUCAUUUCAACUAUCUCAUUAGGAUAUAUCAUCAUCCUUGAUCAGAAUUGUGUAACCACUAACCAGAAGUGGCACUCACUCACUCACUCACUCACUCACAUAUGGAGAAAGACUCAGAUUAUGGAGCUUUCACAGAGAAAUUCCUUCUGCAAUCAAGCUCUUCAUCUCAUGAUCUUCCCUUGAGUGGCCUCACCUUUGCUGUCAAAGACAUAUUUGAUAUGGCUGGAUAUGUGACUGGAUUUGGAAAUCCUGAUUGGGCAAGGACUCACCCAGCUGCUGAAUCAACAGCUCCUUCUGUUUCUACAAUCUUAGAAGGAGGUGCCACAUGUAUUGGUAGAACUAUCAUGGAUGAAAUGGCAUACAGUAUAAAUGGAGAGAACAAUCAUUAUGGUACACCGGUAAAUCCAUGUGCACCAGAUAGGGUUCCUGGAGGAUCUUCUAGUGGCUCUGCUGUUGUAGUGAGUGCAGGCCUUGCAGAUUUUUCCUUAGGAACUGACAGCGGAGGAAGUGUAAGAGUUCCUGCUUCAUAUUGUGGAAUUUUUGGGUUCCGACCUUCUCAUGGUGUCAUUUCUACUUCUGGAGUUGUUCCUUUGGCACAAAGUUUUGAUACUGUGGGAUGGUUCGCUAGGGAUCCUGUGGUUUUGAGGAGAGUAGGACGGGCAUUACUGCAAAUUGCUGAUGCACAUCCUGUCAGACCAGCUCAAUUGAUCAUUGCUGAAGACUGUUUCCAGCUUUCAAGCAUUCCAAGUGAUCGAGUAAAACAAGGACUUGUUCACUCAGUUGAGAAGUUAUUUGGGGCAGGUCAUGUUUUAAAGCAUGCAAACCUUGGGGAUGUUGUGAAGGACAAAGUUCCAAGUUUGAACUGUUUCUUUGAGAAAGGAAAUACAAGUCAAGAGGAUAACAUACCAUCCUUGGCAGCCCUAUCAAGUGCCAUGCGAACACUCGAAAGGCAUGAAUUCAAGAACAACCAUGGUGAAUGGAUCAUUACAGUCAGACCUGAUAUAGGUCCUGCGGACCGGAUAAAUGAACGUGUAUGGGAAGCCGUCAGGGCAACAGAUGAAAAUAUCGAUAUUUGUCACUCUGUGAAGACUGAACUAUGUGCUGCUCUCACUGAACUUCUUGGGGAUACUGGUGUCCUUGCAAUUCCUACAGUUCCAGGGCUUCCACCAAAACUACAUACGGAUCCUACUUCACUUGAAGCAUAUCGCCACAGGGCUUUUAGUUUUUUGUCCAUUGCCGUAGUAUCUGGAUUCUGCCAGGUGGUCAUACCACUAGGCAUGUACGAAGGCUUACCGGUGUCGGUUUCCUUGCUGGCAAAGCACGGCUCAGAUGGAUUCCUGCUCAGUCUUGUGGAGACUCUCUAUGCCACCCUCAAAGAACAAGUUGGAAGCUUGAAAUGACAUCCUUGUUUAUAAUUCAACAAGAAGCUACUAGCAAACAGCUACUCAUUUCUCUAAAAAAACCUAGCGAAACAUAUAGCCUGAUUGUCAAGUUUCUUAGCUUGUUGCUUGUGGUGUAUAAAUUACAAUACAGCCACUGCUAAAAGGUCAAAGUGCUGAGCCAGGCCAUGGUCAACGAGAAGGUUGGUGAGGUAAAGAACAGUGGGCGCUCUUCUUCACAAUCAAACUAAGCAGUCUGUGCUACUGUCAACUGUGGUACUAGUGUGUAAACAAAUGAUUUGUUCAAUAUUGACCAGCUUGAUAUAUGUCCUUAUUGCCGCUAUGACCAUGUGAUGUGAGUGGUGCAAUACACACACAAAGCUCAAGCGCCACUUGCACUCGUGCAAAACACUCUCCAUGUUAAUCAUGUUAUUUAGUUUGUUUGCUCUAUGGGGGUUCUCGUUU